AUGGUCAUAAGAUAUACCAACACCUCCAAGAUGGCAAUCGCAGCAAUAGGCCAAAUCACCUCCACAAACUCCCUCCACCAUAACCUCUCCCAAUGCCGCCUUCUCCUCCAAAUAGCCGUCAGCGCAGGUGCAAAGGCCCUCUUCCUCCCCGAAGCAAGUGACUACAUCGGCACCUCUGCCCAGGAAUCCUUCUCCCUCUGCGUCCCCGCCUCGGAGUCCCCCUUCGUCCUCGGUCUUCAAGAAGCCGCAAAGCAACACUCCCUCCCCAUCUCGGUAGGUAUCCAUGAACCCUCCGAUGAUCCUGGUAGUAAACGGAUUAGGAAUACUCUAAUCUGGAUCGAUGAAGCUGGGAUUAUAACGCACCGCUAUCAAAAAGUGCACCUCUUCGACUCGGAACUGGAGAAUGGGCCCGUCAUAAGGGAGAGCGAAACGAUCGAGCCCGGGAACCACAUCCUCCCACCCUUCAACACUUCCGUCGGGAAGAUCGGGUCCAUGAUCUGUUUCGAUCUCCGCUUCCCAGAAAUCGCAUUAAGCCUGAGAAGACAAGGGGCAGAAAUUCUACUCUAUCCCUCCGCCUUCACGGUCCCGACGGGAAAAGCACACUGGCUUCCUCUCCUGCGUGCCAGGGCGAUUGAGUGUCAGUGCUAUGUCAUUGCUGCCGCGCAGGUUGGGAAGCAUAAUGAGAAGCGGGAGAGUUAUGGGCAUAGUAUUGUGAUUGAUCCUUGGGGCGAGGUGGUGGCGGAGCUGGGAGGGGAGGGGAAAGGGGAGCCGGAGGUGGUUUUGGCCGAGAUUGAUUUGGAGAGGGUGAGGAGGGUGAGGGAACAGCAGCCGUUGAAGAGGCGAAUGUAA